AUGCCCGAAGUUUCAAAAAUAGUGAAACCUGGAGGCGCACCAGUAACAGACAUUGAAAAACUUGUGUCAACGGCUUUGGCUGACCUUGAAUCAGCAUCGGAAAUAAAGGCUCAGUUAAAGGAACUUUACAUCGUUGGUGCAAAAGAAGUUGAAAUAGGUAGCAAAAAAAGCAUUAUCGUUUACGUACCGUUUCCACAAUUGAAGCAGUUUCAGAAAAUCCAACCCUGGCUUGUGCGUGAGUUAGAAAAAAAAUUCAGUGGAAAACAUGUCGUAAUAAUUGCAAGGCGCCGAAUAUUGCCGAAGCAAAAAAAAGGAAAAAAUCGAAGGCCGGAAAAACAAAAGCGUCCAAUGUCACGAACGCUAACAGCUGUACAUGAUGCCAUUCUUUCCGACAUUGUUUUUCCAGCCGAAGUUGUUGCACGCAGAAUUCGUCAUAAAUUGGACGGAAAAAGGAUUAUAAAAAUUCAUUUAGACAAAAGUAGUCAAACUAAUGUUGAACACAAGAUCGACACGUUCAGCUCAAUCUAUAAAUGUUUGACCGGAAAGGAAGUUGUUUUUGAAUUUCCGGAACCAUUGUUUUAA